AUGUCCAUGUCGACCCCCUCCGACUCACACCGCCGCCGCAAGAAGGACCCCGACCGCGAGCGCACCAGCCCCAGGACCAAAGACCGCGAUCGAGAAAAGGAUCGGGACCGUGACAAGGACCGUGACCGCGACAAGGACCGCGACCGCGAGCACCGCAAGAGCACCAAGUCCCGCAAGCCCCGCUCUUCGGGCUCCAAAGAGUCCAAGGAGGACGUUACUGAGAGCAGCAGUAGCUUGCGGGAGCGCCCGUCGACGGAGCGAAGCCGCACCUCGACCUCGACAUCGUCGCCAUCGACCAAGUCGCACAAGAUGGCCGUCGUGCCCGAGAUGGAGCGCAGAGGCUCCAUUAGCUCCAACAACACGUCGCGCAUCAGUCUGCCCUACCCCACGCUGUCCAAGACGUACGCCAAGGAGAGCAUCUACGCCCGCGACGACUCAGAGAAAAGGAAGUCGACCAUGAGCACAGGCACGACCGACAGCGAUGCCACCAAAAUGCCCGCUGGAAGCGACCCCUUCACUGUACCCCCACCGCCCGCUCGCGUUGCACCCACACCCCCGCGGCCACCCCCAAGUCCGCCGCUGACUGCCACCACCACGGCCGACUUGCGGAAACAGGCCAGUGCAAACAGCAUGCGACGCAAGGACUCAGACGCCGUCCACCGCGAGAUGCAAAGUGGGCGGCGGAGCGUGGAUAGCAGCACCCACGUCACAUCCCAAGCUGGCCCGCGGAUAGCAUCACGGUCCAGCAUACGGGAGGAAGAGGACGCCUUCGACAUGACCGACCUCACCUCCACCACAAACUCACAGCCCAGUACGAUACGCGCCAAGUCGCCUCAGCUGGCACCCAGGACCAAGACAGCCAGUCCGUCCAGCGCUCGCCCGCCUGGAAGAACGUCGACACCGGUCAAGUUGAAGACGAGAGCCCCAUCAGAGUAUACAAUUGACUCGGACACUACCUCUGUACCCCCGGACCACAAUACCCAAAUAAGGGCGAAUUCACCAGAACAAUCGGAAAUAUCACAAUCCUCCAUCGUCGACUCUUCGCCACCGACGCCCACCCAACACUCCGUACUGCCCUCGGUGGUGUCCUCUGUAAAGGAUGGACCGCCCAUGAUUGAAAUCAUGACGGAUCCCAUGUCACGGACGCAGUCAGUAGACACUACGCACUCACAACAGUCACCAAUGACCCCGCCGCCACCUCCGCCGCCACCAACCAUGAUGAUGGAAGCGCCUCGGGUGGAUUAUCUGCUACAAAACGGUGGUCUGGCCAAGGCGAUACCAAGAAGUCUCCUGGCUGCUAUCGACGGUGUUCCUGCCUCAGCGUACUCACAGUAUACAACGCCACGAUUAUCGGGUGCACAAGCCCACGAUGUUCGAAAUUUCUUCAAACCUCUUCAAAACGUGCUCAACAGCUACAAUACAGUCAUGGAUACCAGUGGUUCCCUGGCCGUAGCCACUGGCUACAAAUCAGUUGCACGGCGUCUUCUAGACAGACUCGAGAACGUUUUUGCACGUAACAUAUCCUCGGAGCACUGUGAAUGCAUGAUGUGUUUUGAUCAUUCCCUCCCCGAAGACUCGGCUGGUGUAAACUGGGGUGAAAUCUUGGAGCUAGUCUCGGGCCGUUGCGAACUCCCGGCCUGGCCGCCCUACGAUGAGGGUCCUGGUCCUGGUUUAGGAAUAUCAUCUGACCUUGAGGCACCUUGUCAAAGAAUCGACGUUGACGUUCCUGAACAAUACCGCGAGCACUACGAAAAACAGUCAAAGAAGACGAAAGUCGCAGUCCAAUCCUGGCUCUCUGACCAAACAGAAAACGUCCCCGAAGACGCAGAUGACGAAACACUAACCUUCAUCAUGUUGACCCGUCUCGAGCAACCCCAACGUCCACUCUUCUACGCUCUCCUCUGGGGCCUAGAAAAACUGCCAAACCCACGCACGCAGAAACCUGACACCGGCGUCCCACCGUACUUGGCAAAGGCAGGUCUAGCGCUCCAACGUCUAUACCGAUUGUUCAGCCCACCGAGAAAUCAACUAGUAGUCAUGUAUCUCAUCCGCCAUCCCUCCAUGCACAACAUGCUUGCCACCCUCGCAGCCGUCACAAAACAUGAGUGGGAGAUCUUGGUCUCGGGCCGCUUCGAUGGCUUUCUCUGGUCGGGCAUGGAGGAUAUGCCCGACAUGAACACGACACCGCCGCGUACUACAUCGAGAGCAGGGCAAAUACCUGCUACAGAUGGGCCACAGCGCUUUGCAUCACCACUCCCGAGCAAUGCCAACAAGUUUGGCACAUUCAGUCCAUCACCAAACUCCCGGCCAGGCAGCACCCGACCGGGAAGCGUUCGGCCCCCGGGCGGCGCCCCCGUGCAAAUCGACGAAGAAACCGAAAUCGCGGUCCUGGCCGAAAUCGAACGCGAAAUCUACCUCGGCAUGGAAGCCAUGGAAGACGCAUUUGAGCAGUUGCACCACCAAGCCGAAGCGGUACGUCGCCGACUGCGCGAGCGCGCCGCCGCCCUCUCCAUGGUUGCGCAGCAACGACGUGGCAUGGGCGUGGACGAGGUGGGCGUGCGCAUGGACACACCGGGUUUCCGUGAUCCUGACGAGGGGUUGAACAAUGACGAUUUGAAGAGCGAGAUUGGCCCGGAUGAUAGUGCAAGUAAUGUUAGUCAUAAUCGGAGAAGGAAGGCGCAUCGGGCGAGGGAGAGGAGGACGCCGGCGCCAGUGGAGGAGGAGAGUGAGGGCGAGGAGGAGAGGCCAAGGCGGAGGAGGUAG